AUGGGAGCGCUCCGAGGCAGCUACCGCGGGCCCCACGGCUUCGCCUCCACCUUGGCCUUCAGGCCCGCCAUGCUGCCCGCGCCGCCCGCCAGGCUGCCCGCCAGGCUGCCCGCGCCGCCCGCCAGGCUGCCCGCGCCGCCCUCGCAGGUGCGCCAGACCUACCAGCCCGACUGCGAGGCCGCCGUCAACAGCCAUUUCACCCUGGAGCGCCACGCCUCCUCCGUGUGCCUGGCCGUGGCCUUUUACCUCAACCGCGACAACGAGGCCUUGAAGCACUUCACCGGGUUCUUCCUGCGCCGCUCCCACGAGCACAGCGAGCGGGCCCAGGGCCUGAUGCGCCUGCAGAACCAGCGCGGGGGCCGCCUCCACUUCCAAGACAUCAGGAAGCCAGCCAGUGACGAGUGGAAGAGCGGCCUCAAGGCCAUGUGGUACACCUUGUGCCUGGAGAAGCGCGUGAACCGGAGCCUGCUCGACCUGCACCAGCUGGCCACCGACAAGAGCGACCCCCACCUGCGUCUCUUCCUGGCAACUCACUACCUCGGCCAGCAGGUGGCGUUCAUCAGAGAGCUGGAGGGUCAUGUCACCACCCUGAGCAUGAUGGGGGCCCCGGACGCCGACCUGGCAGGGUACCUCUUUGACAAGCUCACCCUGGGCGACAGCGACAAGAAGAACUGAGCCUGGA